GUCGCUCACUAACUCCCACAAUCCCCUGCGCUCGUACAAAAUGGAGGAGAACAGCAGCUGCUCGAGAACAAUGUUUGGGGUCUAAUUUUUGCUCACGUUUUCAUGCAACAAAGUGACGGUUCGCUCCGAUAAAACCCACAAAAAGAACGGAAAAGAAGAAGAGAUCCGCCGAGGAAGAGCAGAGGGGGCCGACGGUGGCCAUGCGCAGGAUAUUUUCCGUUGGCUUCAGUUAAUUUUGUGGCAUCAGUCAUGAGUAUUAUUCAAGACAAACUUGGCAACGAGUUCCUUCGGAAUGGUGGAAUGGAGCCCAAUUUUCCACCAGGUAUGAUCAUGUUCAGCCACCUCCCUCCAGUGACCAGCUUUGCACGCAUCGCUGCAGGAUCUGUCAUGCAUGACUUGCCUCAGGAGAUGGUCCUCAAGAAGGAGCGCAACUCUCCCAUUGAAAAGACGUCCAUGGACUUCAUCCAGACAAUGGGCAUCAAGCAAGAGAAGAUGACUGACCACGAUUACAGGGUACCGCUGUACGGCAGUUCUGUCAAGAAUCCUGAUCUUCUGGAAGUGUCGCUCCGAAAUCCAAAUUUGUUAAUACAAGACCUGAGCAUCGGCAGAGAGUUGCCAGGUAGAACAGGGAAAGAAACAAAAGAAUCUGGUGGGAAGAAGACGAAGCGCUCCAGUUCGGACUCUCAAGAUUCAAAGCCAAGGCGUAAGAGGGGCGAGUCUUCGAAGUCUGGAAUGCUGGAUGGGGAUGCUGGGAGCCUUUCUCCAAAUUCAAAACCUCAUAUCUGCGAGCACUGCAAUGCUGCGUUUCGGAGCUCCUAUCACCUUCGCAGACAUGUGCUUAUCCACACAGGAGAGAGGCCUUUCAGAUGUAGUCAGUGUAACAUGAGCUUCAUACAGAAGUACCUGCUGCAGCGACAUGAGAAGAUUCAUAGUGGAGAGAAGCCCUUCAGCUGUGACCAGUGUAAUAUGAGGUUCAUUCAGAAGUACCACAUGGAGAGACACAAGAGGACGCACAGUGGAGAAAAGCCAUACAAAUGUGACACCUGCCAACAGUAUUUUUCAAGGACGGAUCGACUGUUAAAGCACAAGAGGACAUGUGGAGAAGCCAUAAAGAAAGGAAUGGAGCCUGGGACCUCUGACCAGGGAAGUGGAGAUAUCGGGCACAGCAGCUACAGCCUUACUCAGGGAAAUAUAAGUGCUUCCGGGCGGAAAAAGGGCAAAUCCAAAAAUGCUUCCGGUGAAGCCAGCGAGCGGAAGAAGAAGAAACUAAGUGAAACGCAAAUACCAACUAAUCUCGGCCUCCACGACUACGCAGUAGAGAUACCCAUCGUCUCGUCAAGCAACAGUCUGGUGGGUGGCAACGUGCACAGUCUGCAUUCGCGGGCACCGAAACUGGUCUUCAAGAAGGUCAGUAGGAAGUCGGUGGAAAAGAAUGAACUGGCCUUGGGGGCAGCCGCCGGCAUGGUCGGCCAAAAGCUGCUAUCUGAAAAGUCGGGAUCUCUCGACUUAUCCGGCGGCACGGGGGUUGAUGGAAUGGGCCUCCUGCAGGGAUCCUCGUCUAAGCCGGGCCAGACCAGCAGCAACUAUGAUGACGCCAUGCAGUUUCUGAAGAAAAGGCGGUACUUGCAGGCUGCCAACAGCGGUGAUUAUGGAGUGAACGUGGGUCACAUGGCCUCCCAACAAACUGUAAUUCAGGGUGCCAUCACCAGUGUGAUGGAAAGCGAGGCCACGCUCAACCUUUUGGACUCCUCCCCGAUGAACGUGGACAUGAAGCCAUGUCACGACAAGUCUGGGAUCCCGGACGAGGUGCUGCAGAGCCUCCUUGACCACUAUUCCCAAAAAUCGGACGGGCAGCACGACGUCACCUUCGACAUUAGUGACCAGCACGUCGACAUCCACUCCUCUGGCGACAACCCUGAGAUGGGCCAGGAGGAGAACGUGUGCUCCGACUCGCCGUCGUCCACCGCCGACAAGUCCCUCAUCAUGCACGAGUAUUCCAAAUUCCUCCUGCAAGCUUUAGAGAGGACGAGCCACAGCAGCACCUUCACCCUGGGCUCGGGCUCACCCUUCGUCAGCCUCUCCUCCUCCUCGCACCCCAACACCUUGUUUUCUGACAAGCACGUGUACACUACGCCUCCCCUGGAGAGCGGUUUCGGCCAGUCUGUUACCUCAGUGUUGCCCGCCGCGUUGCCAAAGUCCCAUUUUGGGAUGUUGGUGGGCUCUUCCCAGCCCAGCUUCCACUUGAGCAGCCUGGAUUCGGCACAUCAGCAGCUGACCCCUUCUCAGGAGCUCACCGACCAGAUCGAGCAGCAGAAGAGCCUGGAGCCCCCCACAGGUUACCCGAUGGCGGCCCAGGAGCUGGGCGGCCAGAAGGAACAGGGAAAGAGCACUUCUUCCAGCUACCAGAUAUCGUCUCAGGAGCUGGCGGUCCAGCUCGACCCCGGCAAGAACAUUGACCUGCGAGCAACGUACCAGAUUGAGAACUUCGCCCAGGCGUUUGGUUCUCAGUUCAAGUCGGGCAGCAGGGUGCCGCUGGCUUUUAGCAGCGGCACGGCGGCAGAGGUCGACCACCGAAUACGGACUCCGGUGUCAGAAUUCUCAGGGUACACUAAUUUGUUGUCAGAUGUUAAUGAGCCAGUUAGUACAGGAUCAAAGACCCCAACGAGCCAAAGCUACAGGUAAGGUCUCGAGACUCAACACCUGCUUGGAGGCUUUUGAUAUCGUCAGUUAUUGGUUCUUUUGUUUUUUUUUUUUGUUUUUUAAUUACACUGCCAUUAGAAUGUUUCUAAAGUCCUACCAGGAAAUGGUGUACGUGACGUCCUUCCAAUGCAACUCUUUUAUUUUAUUUUUUAUUAUUAUUAUUUUUUUUUGUUGUUUUUUUAAUUAUCUAGGCGUUUUAUUCAUGAUAUUGUAAUAAAGUUAGGUCAGGUCGGGGUGAAUUUUAAGCAGAAUAGAAUAGUUGGAGACUGGCUUAACUAUUUUUUCAAUAAACCUGUGUUUUAGCAAUCAGUUCUUUACAAUUGUAGUCGAAAAUAAUAAAAAGAAAAAAUGGCAGGGAAUAGCCCAGUUUUUCAAAAUAGCAAAAAAAAAAAAAAAAAAAAAUGGAAAAAAAAAAAAAAAAAAUUGAGUCUGUUACAAGGAAAUUAAGUAUUACUCAGGAAUAAAAAGAGACAGCUGUACUAAGGCGGGGAGGGGUAAGUAAAGUAAAGUAAGGGGGGGUAGGGUGGGGUGGGCAAGCGGGCGGAUGCAGGCCUGUUUAUGAGUGCAAGAGAGAGAGAAAGCCGUUGCCCGAGGAGACAUGCCAACGUGCCACUCUCUUCAGCUGCAUAUGCAAAGGACCCCUUGGGGUCCACACCGUCAAGCGUCUGCCACUUUUUGUUUUUUGUUUUUUUUAUUAUUAGCAACCCUGGUGUCCUGCCCGGGGGGAUUGCUGUCUGUUCAACAUUGCACACGCUAACGAUUAACUAUCGUCGUCAUCAUCGUCGUCGUCGUCCUUGUCGUCUUCUUCACUGGCCACCGUGGGUGAGCCGUGGCUGCUGAACUCCAAUUUUUUUUUUUUUUUUUUUAUGCACUGACUGUAAAGUUUUUUUAUUUUUUAAUUUUUAUUAUUUUUGUCUCGUAUCUCAAUACAGUGCAGUAGGUUCACCCCAGCCGGAGUGCCCUUUUGGAGGAUUUUCUGCCCACUGAAACCAAUGUUGUGGUUUAACGCAAGCAAACCAGCAUCCCAGGCUGGUACUCCGCAGUGCCAAGCUGUGCAAAAUAGUCGAUGGGUAAAAUUGCGCCUCCUGUAGGUGGUGAGAGGAAGGAGGCAUUAACAACUAGAAGAGCUGGAAUUUUCACUGAAUGUUACCAAUUUUGUAAUUUAUAUCUACAUUUUUUUUUUUUUUUCUUUUAUCAAUUUUUGUCCCCAAAAAACACAAAAACACAAAAAGCUGUGCAAACAAAACAACAACAAAAAAAAAAAAAUCAGUGGACCUUCACUCACUAACCAAAAAAUAAUAAUAAUGAGAUUCCACCCGAGGUGAUUGACAAGUGUUAUUUCUGCAGCUGGACUUUGCUUUGUCUUCCAUAUUUAUUGAAUUCUCCCGGAAAGGGCCGGAAGGAUUGUUUGGUGGAGCCCGUGGCGAAAGUGAAAAGCCCUUUGGACGUAGCGCAAAAAAAAAAAAGAGAGAGACUGCAAAGUGACCCUAGGGAACAACAUGUGACCACUCGAGUGACGUGCGAUGUUUUUUAUAUACCUCAAAUCACUGCUGGAGCGUAAAGCAGGGACUGCGAAAUUCACAUCGACGAAGCCAACCGUGUUUACAAGGAGAGAGAUAACGAACAAAUACAAGACAAAAAAAAAAAAAAAAACCAACAAGGUCGUCGUGACGCCAAGCAGUGUGCCGUUCUUGUGAGUUCCACUUUGACAUUUUUUUCUUACCAUGUAUUUUUAUUUUUUCUUUUGCCAUAUUGUGUUUUUAAUUAAAUUUAGACAAGACAGUGUUUACAAGCAAGUAUGUAUAAAAAAGAAAACACUAAACGUGUGACUUCUUCUUCUUCCUCUUCGUUUUUUUCUCUCCCCCCCUGUAGUUGACUCUUCUGUUCCGUAUUUUUUUUUUUUUUUUUCCUUCUUGUCGCCAUAUCAAACUCUUUUUAGAAUCCAACGGCUUUCUUUGCUGUCUAAUUUAAUUUGUAUUUUUAUUUUAUUUUUUUGUUUGUUUUCCUUCUUUUAAGACCUGUGAUGUGACUCUUUGCAGGACUGUAACAGUUCAUUCAAUUUAUAAUUGUUUAGAUGAAUUCAUUAAAACUUCUGUUAUCAACAGUUUUGCUUAAAUAUUUUGAAUGCUUGUAUGUGAAUGUUUCUGACAAUGGCUGGGUUUAAACAAAAAAAUAAUAAUAAUAAUAAUA